GGGUGUAGCUUUAGCUUUGGGAGCAGCAGCUGUACGAGCAGAAAGUGUCCAAACUGAGACACAUACGGCUCUGUUUCUUGCGUUUUCUUUAUCCUUUCUGACCAGGGCAUUCAUAUCUGGUAAAAGCGCACUCUUACUGCCAGUAUGGGUUUCAGAAAGAAGAAUAAAAGUCCACCGGUUUUGAGCCACGAGUUUGUGAUCCAGAAUCACGCCGAUAUGGUUUCGUGUGUGGCCAUGAUCAUCCUUCUCGGGCUCAUGUUUGAGGUUACUGCAAAGUUCGCCAUUAUGUUCAUCACAGUUCAGUACAAUGUCACUCAGACAUCAGAAGACAAGCCAGAACCUGUGAACUUUUAUCAGUAUGGUCCCAAGGACAUCGCCACUGUCUUCUUCUAUCUGCUCAUUGCCAUAAUCCUUCAUGCCCUGAUCCAAGAAUACAUACUUGACAAAAUCAAUCGGCGCCUGCAUUUGUCAAAAACAAAACACAGCAAGUUUAAUGAAUCUGGACAGCUGGCAGCGUUCUACUUGUUCUCAUUCAUUUGGGGCUGCAGCAUCCUCACUGCGGAGGAGUUUGUGACAAACCCCACAUUUCUGUGGGACGGCUACCCUCACACCCACAUGGCUUUUCAGGUUAAGUUCUUCUACAUCUGCCAGAUUGCCUAUUGGUUCCACGCCCUUCCAGAACUUUAUUUUCAGAAAGUGCGAAAGGAAGAUAUUCCUCGUCAACUUUACUACAUUUGCCUUUACAUUUUCCACAUCACUGGUGCCUACAUCCUCAAUCUCCACCGCUUGGGCCUCGUUCUUCUGGUUCCGCACUACUUGGUGGAGCUUCUCUUCCAUGCAUCACGUCUCUUCUAUUUCAGCAACGAGAACAAACAGAAAGGGUUUACGCUGUGGGCUCUCCUCUUCGUCAUUGCUCGACUCCUGACCCUCACCCUCUCUGUGCUGACCUUCGGUUUCGGACUGUCUCGUACAGAUAAUCAGGGCUUCUCUUUGGCAGACGGGAACUUCAACGUGCUUACUGUCCGGAUGACCUGUCUGUCAGCCAUUUGCCUGACCCAGGCCUGGAUGAUGUGGAAAUUCAUCAACUUCCAGCUGAAGAAGUGGAGGGAGCAGAGCCAGAUCCAGGCCAGCAAGAAGAAGGCUGUCAGCCCCAAGAGCAAACCCACCAAGAAGGAGUCUUCUAGGGGAGGUUUGGUGAAUGGAGUGAUGAAACCAGAGGACAAAACAUCACCCCGAGCCAGAAAAACAAAAGCCUCCUAAAUGAAGGGAAGGUCGAUGCUGGAAAUGUGACGCUGUUUUUCUCUUUCUUAACUCCAACUGUGGGGAGAAAAAAAGAAAAAAGUUCACUUUGUCUCCUGAAAGAACCACUGAAUCACACAGACACCUUAACUGUAAGGUCUAGGCUCGAGUGAACAGAGUUAGAUGCUUCGUGUGGCUUUUGUUUUUGUCUGGAUUUUUUUGUUUGAUUGUUGUGGGUGUUUAAUCCUCCUCAGAAAUCUGACUUUUUAAAAUAUUCCACUGCAGUUUGCGUCUAGUGUUUUGAGAAGGGUUUACAGAAGACUUUGCUGUUGGUGGGAGUGGUAAAGGAGUGUUGGGAAAAGCUGAAAAGGCGACCGUAAAAUGUGUUGCCGUGUUCAGCUAGCGCUGUUUUAGAGGUGCUAGCGCCAUGCUAGCUCACAAACUUACUGAAUUUUGUGACUUUUUACCCGAGUGAAUGAAACGAUAACCAGAAUCUUCAUCAGGGGAAUCUAUCUCUCUAUCUCAGUCUAUCUCUCCUUCUCCUUCUCUUUCUCUCUCAUCCUUCAGGGCUUAGUAUUUAGCAUUUAACUCCAGAAGAAAGUGAAAUUCGCAGCCCUGGUGCUUAACUUGGCACCCUACUCAGCCUCAGUCACUGUGUCUCUAAUGAAACACUCUGUCUGUGUGGAUAGAGGCUUUUUUUAAAAAGUGCUCUUUUUGUUUUUCCAGUUACGCCCUUAGCUGUGAAACCGUUUGGGCUAAGCUAAAAGCUUGGUUGAAGAAUCAGAGGCAAGCAAUCGAGGGCUGUCGAUUUCCUCACUGGUGACAGGGUGGAUUUGUUUUUUAUUGACCUCAGUUGUGUAACAGGGCCUGAUUUUUGUUAAAAGAAGAAGAGAAGGGUUUGCCUCUUAAUACAUCACGCAGGAUUGCCAUUUUAAGGAAGCACUGGUGUUCAUUUGUGCUUAAGAGACUUUUCAGAUUAGAGCACCCCCUGUGGGCUUGGGGGGGCAGUUCAUAAACCCUUUCAGUACUGGCUUUAACAGGCCUUAAGCCACUUUGCCUCACCGUUUUCUCUCUCGGGAGCCCCUUUAGCUGUUUUUGGGCUGUUAUGUUACUUAACAUUUUUAUUUAAUCAGCGAAGUUUAAUAGAUUAGCCCUCGAAAGGGCGAUGGAACCAUUGAACACAGUUAUUGACUUCAGCUGCCCAGAAAUCAUUGUGAUCUGAUGCUUUUCCCUUUUCAGAGCUGAUAAAGCUGUUUAUAAGCCAUAACAGUACACUGUUUUGAAGUUAUAAUGUUCAAUUUGCUGGGCUUUAGGUUGCAAAUUACUGCAUCUCUUAUACAUGACUGUUCAUAGAACUUACUCUGAUAGCUGGAUAGUUAGCAUGCUAAAGGCUAUAUGGCUAACAGUAACUGAAAGAAAGGCACAACACCACAGUUCUACACAGUUCUAAAAAGUUUAAUUGCAGAGUAAAACAAUUAUGCCCAAAUUGCAUGUACAAUAUGUUUGGAUGGCUGGAAAAAUGAAUUUGCAUUGCAAAGUUUGCAUGGCUAGCCGAUAAGAUCACUGAGGUUAACCUAGCUAAUAGUGUGCUCCUCGCCAUACCGUCCUCCCGUUCUGCCACGAGUGGCCACUAGGGAUGAGCAUUCUGACUAAUUUUGAUAUUUAAAAAUACCCAUUAGGGUUAAUUAACCAUCUGUUAAUCACAUGGAAGGAAAAAUGGUGGCAACAGUGGACUUCGUCCAACAUUAAUGUAGUACCUGGGUUGCACCACUGUUUAGCAGAAUGCAGAGUAAUACGUUUGAAAACUUGGUUUGAAAAUACUUUGAAAACUUUUUUAAUUAUUCAGAAAAAAAAGCUGACGAGAAUUGGUAGUUUUGUUGGAUGAGGAGCAGAGAUUGCCUCUAAAACUAGAGCUAACAGGUACAAUACUGGAUGCUAAUUAGACUCAUCUUACACUAGAUGUUUUCUUCACAGUGGAUAAUGUGCCAACAUGUUAGUUUGUCAGAGAAAUAUAUUUCCACUGUUUCUAGAUCUAGCUAAAAUCAAGAGUAGUGAGCAUGAAGCCUCGCUGCAUCUGCCUUCUCAGUAACACACUUGGUAACGUACUCACGUUAAGGCAUAUAAAGAGAAAAGGGCAGGAAAUAGGAAAGUGUAAUACAACAUGCAUAAUGACAUGCAGAUACAAGCAAUUUGACAGUCUUACAGUUCUGUUAAAACAUGGCCUUUCAUUGAACUGUGAGUCUGUAUAUUUUGCCUUCCUGCGAUGAAAGGUAAGGAACAUCUGAACAGUAAUUUCAGUAUUCCAAUCCUGGCACUUUGAAUGGUUAAUGGAGUAUUCAAGUACUUGUGAACAUCCCUAGUAACCACCUGUGUAACACAUCCGAAUGGCGAGUUGAUGUGGGCGAGGGCAAGUUGGGAAGAAGAAUUGAAAAAAAUUCAAUUUUGAAAAUAAAUCCACAUAUGUUCCCAAUCAGAGUGAUAGUUGUCGUCCUUCCUCCUGAGUGCAUAAAUACACCUUUGGUAGGAAGCUGUCAGACUUAAAAACUACACACAUGUAUAGUCUGACUUAAGGCCUUUACACACUGAGCAUGAUUAUGAUUUAUUCGAACAUCCAAACUGAAUUCAAACAUGUAUAGCUGAUGAUAUCGUGCAAGCCAAAUUAGAGAUGGGUGAAAUGGCAAAAAUAUAACAUCACAAUAAUUUAAGAAAUUUUCACGAUGUAUGAUCUGUCACAACAAAUUUUUUUUCAGACAUUAGGAAUGUUGGAACAGGCAAAAAAAUGCCCGUACUGCCACAUUAAAAAUGAUAAAAUCAUUGACUAUAAAUUAUUUAACGUUUCCAGACUGUGCGUUCCAAUUCAGGGGCUGCAUCCUUCAAAGGUUGCAGGUCUACAAAUGUGUGUGCUUCGAAGGCUGCGUAAAACCGCAAAUGCUGAACUGAAAUGAGACUGUUGGCUCUACAGCAGAUUUCCUGUUUGCGUCACAGUACCGCUGUUCUCGGCCUUACCGCGUGGCAUCACGAAACACAGCUCAUUUUAAAGUUUUUCAAAAAUGUAGCCAAAAACUUUGAUUUCAGUUUUUUCAUUUGUUCAGUCAUUAGAGGUAGAGGUGCUUCUGUCUGUCUGCUUCUUGCUCCCUAAAACAAAGCGAAGUGUAAGUUUGCUUCUUUGUUAUUUUUUGUUUACGUUUCUGUUUGACAUUUAAACCGAAUGCUUACAUUCUGCUAUGCUGAUGCCGCUGUGUUAUGAACCUCGGCAUAUGUUGGCUGGUGAAGGAUCCACCCGUUGAGUCCUUCAUUGCCAUGGACUGGACAGACACAUUUCUCGGGCACAUAUGAAGGUGCCUUCUAAAUGGGACAGCCUAGUCACGCCACUGUGACCCAGUUGGCCUUCAUAUGCAGCCCCUGAAUUGGGCUGCAGCUAUAAUUUGUUACAGUAAUGCUAAACAUCUGUCGUAUUGCCCAGCCCUACACCAAACAGUGUUUCAGACACACGGAAAUGACAUUUUAUUCGACAACGUGAACUAAAUCAACACUGUUGUAUCUGGCAUAGGCAUGGCAACCACCAUGAUGACGGAUCGUUUUUGCAGCAACUAGAACUUUUAGACAAACAACAAAAGAAUUACUUUGACUUCUCAUUUGUCAUGUGCAGAGCUGCUUCUCCAAAAGCAGCUCAAACUGAGUUACAGAAAUCCGAGCAAUAUGAGCUCAAAGUUUCAGCUCCUGAGUGAGCUCUCUUCACUUUUCAGAAAAGGAACGUAGCCUGCCCAGUGUCCCUGUCAGACACACUGCCUGUUUGUAAUAUGUUCCCCACUGCUGUAUAUAGUGAUGCAAAUUUUUGUCCAAAUAUUUUGCAGUUUCAUGGUGUUCAUUUGUGUCACGUUCGGCGUGUAACGGCCUUUAGGUUGUGUUCCGCAAAAUUGUCAAUGUGAUUUGAUUACUUGAUCAUGCGACUAUUAGUGGUAGAUGUUAUCCUUUCUUAGAGCUUCCCCUGUAGGCCUGGAGGGGAUGCAAUGGAAAAAUACACAUUUGAAAAAGCAACUCUGUAGAUUUUAAAAAUAAUUUAUUCUGCGCUUUGACUGAGUCUGUAUCCCACUAAAGCUUUAUUGCAAAGUAGACACUAUAACCACGUGAGCUUUACUUUCUUAGAGCUCCCCCUUGUGGCUUGGGAGAUAUAAUGCAUAAAUACACAUUUGGGCAGCUGUUAGUUUUUAAAUAAUUCCUCUGUUGUAGGGUGAUAGAUUAUGUACUAUUAGUCGCUCUACUUUAAAAUCUUUAUUACAGAAUUAUGGUCAUCCUGCACUCUUAUUCUCCCCCUGAGGCUUGGGGGGGGGCACCUAUAUGACAGGGCAACUAAUGUACAUCUUAAUAUUUGCUCCUAAGCUUUGACUUGGGCUUUGUUCCCAAGUAGUGAAGUCACAACUUCAUCAGCUAUUGCAGAUCGACAGUCAUUUUACUUAAUGAUAUACCUAUUACAGAGUGGUAGAUGCUUUAUUUUCUUACAGAGAUCUUUAUGCUGUGACAGAAAUGAGGUGCAUUACUGCGGCAUUGGCUCCUAAUUAUCAGUGUCUACUGUAAGGGGAGCCUGGCUCUGUUUUCAGCUUUGUUGUUUACUGGUACGUUAAAGAGCCCAUAUCAUGGAAAAGUGAGCUUUUUUGAUGUAGUAUGUAAACACUUAGUUUUGAAACAUUCACUCCAUAGUCUGUACAGUCCAUAUGUGAAGGCUAAGCUGCUAUUUUUGCAUUUUUAUUUUUUUGUUUUUGUUUCCUGGUGGUUGUGAUGUCACACAACCAAUUCAUUUACAUCAGGGGUGCACAACUCUGGUCCUAGAGGGCCAGUGUCCAGCACAAUUUGGUGAUUUACCUGCUCCAAUACACCUGAUUACAUUUACCUGUUAAUUGCCAGGUUAAGUGGGUGUGAUUGAGUUGUGAAACCUCCAAACUAUGCUGGACACCGGCCCUCCAGGACCGGAGUUCUGCACCCCUGAUUUACAUAUACCGCCUCCCUUACCAACAUUCAGCCUAUAGUGGUUUGGCUCCAUUCAUGCUGGAAUUAUGAGGAAUUUUUCAGCCCUGCUGAAUCAGAACAUAGGUUCAUUAACAUAUAUCAAGUCUGAAAGACACAGUAACAGAAACAGCUUCUCCUAAAAGAUAAAGAGAGUCAUGUAAAAGUGAAUUGUGGCUUUGUCUGCAUGUGUGUGUUGUUUUUGGUACAUAAUACAACACAAACAUUAUAGCAGAGCUCAUGUGGGGUGAAAAAUGUAACAAGAAAAAUGUAGAAAACAGUAUAUGGGCCUUUUAAUAUUGUUAACCCUGAGCCUAGGAGCUAUGCCCUAUCAUUUUUGGCAGGGUGGCUGUUUUAUAAAGUUCAUCAGACUUGGAAUAAGACUUAGCUUGGAGGGGGUGCUGUUACUGGAAAGUUCUUACAAAGCUUUGAAUAAUUACUAGAUUGAAAACUCUGCUGAUGAAACAUGGCCUCUUCAGCAGCACAGAGCAUUUGUGGCCUUUUUAGAGUUGAUAUGUGAUCUAAAUUCAUUUUGCCUUUUAGCCUUUUUUAGCAGUUUUCCCCCUCUCUAUACCAUGCUUAUCUCUUCUAGCAUGGCCAGGGCCGCUCUGCGGUGGGUUCUAGUGAAACGAUACAAUCCUUUUUCAAGUGUCCUUAAGAUAAUGACAGUAUACGCUGUGGAUGGCUUGUUUUCAGUUACAAUGAUCUCUUACUCUUUGUCUUUGUUUUGUGCUGGCGCUUGCCUCUGGCAUGAUUCUUCAUUGAGAGUUGUACAUUGGAGUGCGUAACCAUUUACAGUGUCCUUUUCUCUUGAGGGAGCCGUGAUGGCGUGGGUACGUGUGCACGUGUGCAUGUUAUGGACCGUGCAUGAAUCAUGUUGCCUGGUUGUUUGAUUUGGGGGGGAAAAAAGGGCAUGUAGUUAAAAGACUCAGUUUGUCCUGGUUUUUCGAAUUUGUACAACCAAAAUGUUUGUGAGGGGCAUUUUUUCUUCUCUCUCUGAUAAGCUUUUCUGAGCUUGUAUAAACACUCACAUUCGCACGCACACACACUCACUCACUCGCACACUUCCGUCCAAUGCUGUACGUGUGUUAAUUGCCAAAUCGUGUAAAGGAGAACUUUUGCUCUUUCCCAGUGAUUUUGAUAUUGCCACUACACAUCCUCAUCUGACCUCCUUAUGCAGCCUAGUAGAAUUAAAUUACACAACAAAGGAACAGUCUGGUGAAAAGUUUGCGCAGUUUCCCCCAUAAUUCUAAUGUAAUGAAUCAGCCAAUGUGCUUAGUCUGUUCUUUUGUCCAAUAUUAAGAUAAUAGUAUAUAAUAGGGUUACAUUAGCAGCCUGUUUGAGGUUACUUUAAAAGGGAAUUCAGUCAAACUUUCUAAAUCCCUGCAUAAUGUUGUUGAAAUUUGUUGUCAUUUAUAGUUUUUUGAUGUGAAAUGGUCCAUUGCAGAGAUACUGGCCAUUUUAGGUUUCUUUACAGUGGUGGUGAUAGGAACCAGGGGUCCCAAUGUCUGCAGCACAAAUGUAGCCAUUUUAUUUACUAUCCAAAUCAAACAGUGAACCUACACAUGUCUUCUGAGCUUUUAUGUUGUAAUGUUGAGAAGAUGAAGCAAAAUAGUAUUUUGCUUUGCAAGACCUGCGUGUACCUUUUAAAAAAAUAUACAUUUUAGGCCAAAACUUUCUCAGAAUUUUUGUAAAACAAUGUCUCAGGCAUUAAGCAACAUAAAUGUACCACUUUCAUCUAAUACUUUAGAUCUAAUAGUAAGGAAGCUUUCAGAGGUCAGAGGCCUGGUUCCUCCAAUUCUGACUCAGUUGGUUUCUCUACACUCUCACAAAUAAAGGUAUGAAACGAUCACUGGGGCCGUACCCCUCUUGUCAAAGGGGUUGUACCCUCAAGGGUACAUUGCGGUACCUGUAGUCAGGGAACAUAAUUGUACCGUAAUCUACUGAAACUAUAUUAUUUAAGCUGUAUUGACUCCACACUUCCCGUCUCGUCUCCAGGCUUUUUUAUUUUAUUGUUCUAACUUAAAACAUUAGAUUAUCAAAAGUACAAAUACGUACUUUUCUCCUGGCAAAAACGUAUUUAAUGUACACAAUUGAACCUAAAAAAAGCACCGUUGUAUCUUUUGAGGGAACAUUUACAUUGUUUGUACCUUGAUGUCUGAAAAAUAUGUCUGCACAGAACCUUGUAGAAUGGAACAUUUCACAUCAAAUAGCUCUGAAUGUGGUGGAAUUCAACUUUAACAGCUUAAGCAAGGCGACUGUGUGAUGGUUAGGCAUGCAGUUUGCACUAUGCUAAUUGGUGGCCAUAAGCUUCCAUUACUUGUCAUUUACAUUAGCAUUGUAGCUCCAAUGUGAACAAACUUCAUUAUUAUUAUUAUUAUUAUUAUUAUUAUUAUUAUUAUAUAGCUUCAGACAUCUAACGUGCUGCUUGAUUGAGAUUUGAGGUAAGGAGGAAUGUUUUAGAUUUUAUUCCUGGCUGAGCUGUUCCUUUUUAGAUGGAUUGGUUGACAGCUGAGAGGAUUCUCAUAUUCAUUGUCUUUCAGAUCAGUGAUUUUAAUACUAGUGAACUUGAGCCUGAAGUCGAUUAAUAAUUCAUUUACCUCAGUGCUCUUUGACCAUCAGGCCACUUAAUGGACAGCACGUUUGGAGGCGUCUGGUUUGUUUCAUUCAGCUUAAAGGGAUACUUCAGCAUUUUAAUCCCUCUCUUCUGUUUUUCUGCAGUCGAUUACCCGCAGACAAUAAUUUUGACUUUACCCAUACUUGACAAAGAACAGAAAACUUGUUGGCUCAACUCUCUACUAAUAGAAGCCAGUGGGCAGUUUCUUGGCUUUGAUUUUAAAUGUGUUUUCUGUUCUUUUUCCAAGUACAAGGUGGUUUUGUUGCCUGUGGUAAUUAAUAGGGCCCGAACAAUAUGAGAAUUCUGUGGCCAGUGUCGAAAGGUUCUGUUCACUGAUAUCGGCCAAUGUAAUUUUUUAGAUUUUAAUUUCAUACUGUAAUCGUAUUAAUCAUAUUUUCAGUCCUCAGCAGUGACAUUUAUUAAACAGUUAAACAAAAUUCUAAAGUAAUACUAUGUAAAGUACAUUAAAUCAUAUAUUGUAGCGCUGGAGAUGCAGCAGCCCAGAAUAUCUUGUGCUUUUGGUUUAAAUCACCUCUCAUGACACAGGGGUUCUCAACCUUUUCCACCCCAGGGCCCACCUGUCCAUAACUACUAAGCAUAGCGGUCCACAACAAAACUAAAAUCAACAUUUGAAAUGCAGUUUUCUAUUUCUUUUCACUGAAAAGCUGAAAAUUAAGGGCUGAAAAAUAACAGAUCCUCCAUUCCGGUUGUCAGUAGAUUUUCAUUUGCAGUUAUGUUAAAAAACAUGGCUGAAAAGACAAAGAAUAUGAAUGUAUGAGCCCCCCCCCCAACUAUGAACUGCUGCCUCCCUCUGAGUACAGGCCCACAGACCACUAGAGGGUGCUUUGUGAUCCACUGGUGGUCCACAGCACACAAGUUGAGAAACCCUGUAUUAAUGUGUUAUUUACUGUCGCGUAGUUAAAUUGAAAGUGCUUCACAUUCAGCUGUCGUAAGAUUUUUAUAUAUCAACAUCAAGAGAUCGAUUCUUGCCAUUUGCCCAUCCAAAAUAAGGGCACUAAUUAAAAUAUGGGCAAUGCUGAUAAUCUUGUGGUUUGGCCAAUAUUAUCAGCUGAUCAGUAUAUUGUUUGGGUCCUAGUACUCAGUAUGCAUGAGGAUUAUGAUGGGAAAAGUAACAUAUUUCCAAACAGAUAAAAGCCAACAGGGACUAGGCAGAGUUUAUUUAAAUAAUGUUAUAGCAUGUUAGACUGAUUGAUCAAGUGACUUUUUUCCUUAGUUUCAGUGCAGAAUAUCCAGUUUCCUCUCAUAUUUUAGAACAGAAAAUAAGCACAGUGUGCUUAUUCAAACCAGAGGCUGCUUUAAGCUAUUAAACAAGCAGAUUUUACUGUUUCUGUCAGUUGAGCCUUCAUACGGUAAUAUCUUAGGAGGGAAAGAGCAAGGUCGCUCUUUUUUAUGUUUCUACUCUCGACCUGUCGCUGUCUGAUGUUUGAAGAAACCAAUAUUGUGUAGAUGACUAUAUUGAGACACUGUACUGAAUUCUUGUUAGAUUUUUAAACUAUUUUUAUAGAGUUGAAACAACUGUAGAAAGAUUAACAUUAUUUAGCACACAUUAUUUUUUUAUGCCUUAUUGAUUUCUGAGUUUUAUUUUUGUACUGUGUUAAAGAGCUUUCUACCUUAAAGGUGCAGGUCUAACCGGCAGGUGAAAAGUGCAUGAGUAGAUGAGGUGGGAUUUGGGCAGGAUGGAUUUAUGGAACAGAAGUGGUGGAGAUGGACAAACAGCUACUGCCAGGUAGCAAAGCUUGAGCUCUAAUUGGAGUAUUUUUUGUGCUAAUAUCAAUUUUAUUUCUGUCCAGUUUAAUGUAAUAUGAGAGUUUUAGUUCAGUACAUUUUGUUUUUGUUUGUUUUAAGUGGCCUCCUGCUAUCUGAAAUCUGCCACUGCAAAUGUUGAUAAUCUCUGUGAAUUCACUCACCCAGCAAACUUUUUUUUCCUUUUUUCUUUUUUGUUUUCAUGGCAACUGGAUUUAUUUCUUUAUUAUGCAAGAGGUGCUAAAACGGACGUGUUUUUGGUGUGACAUAAUCGUUAAAUCGUCGUGUACUUUGCCUGUAGUUGUUGAACUUGCAAAAUAUGUGUUUCACCUGUUUAUGUAAAACGUCUCAGAUGAAGUACACUGUGUCCAAAAGUUUGCAGACAUCUGCCUGUCCAGCUUUUCAUCUGAAAUGAAGGGUAUUAAUAGGGAGUUUGUCCUCCGUUGCUGCAGUAACAGCCUCUACUCUUCUGGGAAGGCUGUACACUAGAUGUUGGAACAUUGCUGUGAGCAUUAGUGAAGUCAGGUACUGAUGUUGGAUGAUCAGUUCUGGACAGUCCAACUCAUCGCAAAGGUAUUGGAUUGGAGCUCCAUCAUUCCAGUUCAAGUCCAAUACUGGUGGGCUUUAUACCCCUCUAGCCCACACUAGACAUUGGGUAUGAGAUCUGGACAGUCCAACUCAUCGCAAAGGUAUUGGAUUGGAGCUCCAUCAUUCCAGUUCAAGUCCAAUACUGGUGGGCUUUAUACCCCUCUAGCCCGCACUAGACAUUGGGUAUGGUGACUUUAGGCUCAUGUGUAGCUGCUCCAGAGCUUCCCAUUGUAUUGGUCAGUAGCUGAGUUCACUCAUUGGAAGGGCUGUCUGGAUACUUUUGGACAUAUACUGUAUGUAAUAUAGGAUCAGUCUCUCUUGAUCCACAUAUGAAAGGCAAAAAUUAUCCGAUUUCUGAAAAGUUUGAUACAGAUGACCCCUGAACAAGGUUCAAACGCCUUGUUGAAUUAAAAAAAAAAAAAAAAAGAUGCACCAAAGCUUUCUCACAAAUAUCACAACAGGUGGACAACAUUUAAAUUAUUUUUCUCUAGGCUUUUUUGCAUAUGCACUGUUCUUUUUUCAGAUGCUUGUCUACAUGUUGAAAUGUAUUGCUUUUAUAUAAAAGAUGUUAUUAAUCAUGUAUUUA